AUGUCAGCCUCUGAUCCGCUCACCGAUGUGCUGUAUCAGCGAAUGUUCAGAGUAUUUUCAUACUUUGCCGAUGCCACUACUUCUGGUGGAUUGCACCCAUCACAAGCGUCGUUUAUACUUGACGAGUUGAAUCGCGAAUCCGGGCGGCCGUCGACUUCCACGGGGAACGCAUUUAGCCAUGAUUCGGUCACUUUUCGUGAACUACUGAAUCUGGUCGAAGUGCAAUUUGUCGAUAGAAGCGAAUUGGAGCCGUUGGUUGAGCGGAUAUUCGAACGUAUUGUCGGACAAGUCAUUAGAAAGGGUUUUGUGCUGUUCCGCUGUCCAGGAGGUGGUGGUAGUUGCACACGUCUUCGUCGAAGUAAUUGGCGAUCAGGCUGGUGCACAGUCAGUCCUGGGGUCCUCUGUGUUUGGCCACUGGACAAGCCAAUCAACACUGACAAUCGCCUGACAAUACCACUAGAUCAAGAAGCCCGAGUAUCAUCGACCAAGCAAACGAUACAUUUUGCACACUUCGACCCUAUUGCAUGUCGCGCAUUCGUUACAGAUAUCCGACUGGCAAUUGAGCGUCCAACACGAUCAGCCUUACAGGAAUUCGAUCAACGACGAUCCCUUCGGCAUGACGGUCGCCGACUAGAUCGAGAAGUUCACGAGCGCUUACAGUUGGAAACCGAGAAGCGGCGAUUGGAAUUCGAGUUGGAACAAGAGCGACUGGCUCUAAAAGAUGAGGAAAUCGUACGAGGUCUUGCCACCAGCACCACUCUCAAGAAUAUCAUGCGUCAUUUGGAAUGGGAAGACUUGGGAGUGAAGAUCGACGACAGCUACUUAAAUCAUCUUCGCUUUGCAGACGACAUGGUGCUUAUAACACCGAACAUGGAGCGGGUGGAAAGAAUGCUGCCCGAGUCCGACAACGCUUGUGGAAAGAUCGGAUUACAAGUGAACUUCACGAAGACGAUAUUCAGUCGAAAAGCGGACGAUACGCAUGCGACGGCGGAGAAGCGGCUUCAUUUGAAUUCAUUGAAUGCGAUGUUUAUGGCGAACGGAUUGCACCUGAUGACCUUCGAACGGAACAAACAUCUCUGA